AUGGAUCCAGGACACCAUACUGCCUUCCUGCUGGCCAUUCUAGUUUGCAUCCUGCUGCUUAUCCUGGCUGUGUCUGCCCUGCUGGCUUGCUACUGGAGGUAAAGAGUUAGAAUAACCUGGGAAGUAGAGACAGUGUUUAUCUGUAUAUUGAUACACUUCAGAGAGCCAUUUAUAAGGCAGAUUACUCACAGAACAAGAACUAAGCUUCUUUUGAUGCAUUUGGCUUGAAAGGACCACUAAAGUCACUGAGAUGAAGUGAACCUGUAGUUUUAACCCUGCAAUGCAACACACUGCAGUUUUUUUUUUUUUUUUAAACACACCUCAAGUGACUGUUACACUGACUACCACACGAGGCGAUUCCUGCUGCAGUAACCUAGUAAAAAAAUCACUUUGAUGUGAAUUUGAUGCAUGUGCAGGGCUUGCUGUGCAUGUGUAUCCAAUCCAAUGCUCAUUGGAUUGGAGCGAAUGCAGAGGGGGCCAUGCAUCCCAUGUAACUGUGCAGGAGGAGGGGCUGUAAGCAGCUCCAAUGGAGAAAAGGCAAAGUUUUAACACAUUUGGAUUCCUAACACUUUAGUGUUCCUGUCCCUAAGGCUGGGAGGAGGAUUGAACCACCAGUCCUAGGGACAGGAACACUUAAGUGUUAGGAAUCUAAAUGUGUAUUCCUAAUGCUUCAGUGUUGCUUUCUUUUCUGCAACAGUUACUGAUUUUACCUUUAGGUCAUUGCUUUCUACAUGUGAACCUUAUAGACCUUGUUAAAAUAAAUAUAAAGGUUGACAAACCCAAAUAAAUUUGGUCAAUGAGUAAAAUGCAGAGCAAUUAGCAGAUUCAGUUUGUUGGUUUUAUAGUGACCACAUUUCAUGCACUUAUGUCCUGAAUCACUAAAUUUUCUCCACAUCCCUAAAAUUGCAAACCUAUCCACAUGGCCUUCUUGUGUUUUACAGCUGUGUGACCAGGGAAGGCUUAAGUGGAAAAUUACACAGAUGUCCAGACACACCUAGUGGUUUCUUCAAGUGGCAGUCUUUUUUUCAAGGACAACAUACAGAGACAACAUUUCAACUCUUACAUGUGCCUUUGUCGAGUCCUGUAAGAGUCAAAAUGUUGUCACAGUAUUUUGUUCCUGAAUAGCCAUUUGAAGAAAUAGCUGGAAAAAAAUGCCAAUGUAUAAAGGUUGAGUAACCGUUUUACACAGGUGAGGUGCUGAUCUUGGCUUUUUACUCCUGCUGCUUGCAACUUCACUACAUUGAAAGCAUGACUUUGUCAUUAACCCUUCUCGGAAUGCCUUGGUUAUCUGAAGUAUAGAACGGAUUAUCAGAUUUCUGUUCUAAACCUUCUGGAAUGGUUUUGUUAUGAGUGAAGUGUGGUUUUUAUGGGGGUGGGGGGCUGGGGGGGUGGGAAUCUAUUCUGACACUAAUUUCUGUUAUAUGUAAUAAAAUGUUUGACUUCUUUACAGAUAUAAAUGCUCUAUAUUUCCAAGCUGGAAAUCCACCAUGAGGAUCCAGAAACCAAUGAAAGAUCAUGCAACUUCCAUGACCAGUUUUACUCUAAAUGCAAUGGAUCCCAAACAAAUUAUUUAUAAUGGCCCUAGGACUCCUCAGACAUCGGUCAUGAUACCUUCGAUGGUGGAUCAACCUUGUGAAAAAGAAAACCUGAUUGCCUCUUGCUUGUCAAUUGACAGUCAUAUAGUGGCCUUGUGUGAUGAAGAUGAAUGCUCAGAGGCUUCUGAGCUGGCUAACUUGUCUGGAGUAAAGGAAAAAUCAGCUACUGAUAGAUAUUCAUCAUUUCAAUGUAUGUUGUCUUCUAGAGCUUCUAUAUUCAGUAGCAUGCUAGAGAUAGGCUCCAUGCUUAGCAUGAAAUUAGGAAGGCGAAGCUCCUCUUUGAAAAGUGGUGUGGACGUGGAUAUAAUGCUAGGACCCUUGGAGUCACCAGUAAAAGUAGCCUCUUCAGGUACUGGGCAGCACAGAGCAUCAAGUCUACCUAGGGAUCCGAAUCGAAGUACAAUUCUAUGUGAAAAUUCUGCUGACCAGUCAUUUACUUGGAACACUGCUGGGCUCUCCAUUCUAAGCCACCAUGCUGGUUACAAGGAAUCCUUUUCUGUUCCUGGAACGCUACAAAGAAAGGCAUGUGUCUCUGUAUUAAACCAAUCCAGUGGGGACUAUGGUGUUAAAUUUAGAAAUCCUGAUUGUCCUCUACAGCCCAAAACGUUCCCAAUGUUAUUUGGGAACAGGCCACUCUCAGAUGGUGCUCAAAUUUCAAAUGGAGAACUUGAAAAUGUAACCAGUUUAGAUUCAGGGGUUGAUAUUGUAGCCAUGCCGAUGAGACCGGAAUGUGGCACUCCCGUGAAAAAUGAAACUGAUCUGAAAUAUACAGGAGGACCAGGGAACUCUGAAACAUUAACUUUAGAGGAAGUUAUAAAGCGGAACCAGGUGUGUGGUGCUGAGCAAAACUGUAUAGAGGACAAAGAAUUGGUCAUCUCUCAUCAAGAGGCAGCUAGAAAGCUGAAUGGUAGAACCUUGUGGCAAAAGAGGGAAGAGAGGCCACUAAUUGGUAUCAGCUAA